UUCUUAUUCGAUUGACGUACUUCCGGGUCACUUCCGUGUUAACCAGUCGUCACAUUUCAAGUACAAUUUUUGUAAAGCAAAUUGUAAAAAAUAUUUGAACAGUUGGUCACGAGUGCCGUAAAACCAUGAAGAUUGUCAGUUGGAACAUUAAUGGCAUAAGGACUUUCAAGGGUGGAAUUAAAAAGGCGCUUGAGUCGCUGGAUGCUGACAUCGUAUGUGUCCAAGAGACAAAAGUAACAAGAGACCUGCUGGAUGAGAAGACUGCUAUUGUUGAAGGUUAUAACUCCUAUUUCAGCUUUAGUCGCGGACGCAGUGGCUACUCAGGAGUUGCUACUUACUGCAAAGACAGUGCCACCCCAUUUGCUGCAGAGGAGGGCUUGACCGGUCUGCUGACCACCAACCACGAGGGAACCAUUGGAUGCUAUGGUGACCCGAGAGAGUUCUCCAGUGAGGAGCUGCAGCUCCUGGACAAUGAGGGAAGGGCUGUUCUCACACAGCACAGAGUCAUGUGUGAAGACACACCUGAAACAGUUACGGUUAUCAAUGUAUACUGCCCACGAGCUGACCCAGAAAAGCCUGAACGUAAACAUUUCAAACUGCAGUUCUACAAGCUGCUUCAAUGUCGGGCUGAAGCAAUUUUGGAAGCUGGGAGCCGUGUAAUCAUCUUGGGAGAUGUGAAUACAUCCCACCGGCCCAUAGAUCACUGUGACCCAGAUGACAUAGAUGAUUUUGAGGAUCACCCCGGGAGGAAAUGGCUAAACAGUUUACUGGUUGAUGACAGUGAAGGAAAGGAUUAUGAAAAAAACCAUGAGGAGUCUGAGAAUACCUCAUCAAAACCCCUCAGCAGCGGCAAGUUUGUGGACACCUUCCGCCAUUUUCACCCAACACGCUCCAAGGCCUUCACCUGUUGGAACACUAUGACUGGAGCCAGGCAGACCAACUAUGGCACACGUAUCGACUACAUCUUCGCAGACCAUCCCUUGGUUAAAAUGGGGUUUGUGGCAGCAGACAUCAUGCCAGAGGUGGAGGGGUCUGAUCACUGCCCUGUCUGGGGGAAACUGUGCUGCCCCCUCCUGUCCAGCUCCAAGCUGCCUCCUCUCUGUACCCGCAACCUACCAGAGUUUGCUGGCAGGCAGCAGAAACUCUCACGCUUCCUUGUCAAGAUGGACCAACAACAACCUGCCAGAGAGGCCUGCAGGGACCCACUACCAGGAUCUCAGGAGACUGGGGAGACCCGAGAGAACCUGAAUCCACUGGGAUCAGCAGGGACCAGCUCCACUGGAAAGAAACGGAAGUUGGCAGUGGAAUCUGGUGUCCCAAAGAGCAAAAAGAUUAUGACACUGAAGGCUGUUACCCCAAAGCCCCAGGGCAACCUCCUAGCCUUUUUUAAGCCCAAAUCCAUACCUGUGAGUCAGUGUGAGAGGGGAGAAGAGAGAAAUGAAGUGACCCCAUCACAACCACAUACCUUCAAGGGAGGACAUUCUGCAGUGAUGGGACAAGAUGUCCCAUCACUUCCAGGCCCGCCGUGCACAGAAGAUCCCCAGGGUGUCUGUAUGGGAGACAAAGUCCAUGUCCCGGGCAGCAACAUACAGGAUGCCAGUGUCAAUAGUCAAAACCAGGGGAAGGAUGCAGCCCUGGCUUCAGAGGCUACUGUAGACCCCCCAUGUCCCAGGAAGGGGGCUUCACUGGGCGGGUUCUGGAAGACGGUCCUGCGUGGGCCACCCCUACCGCCCCCCUGUAAGGCUCAUGGGGAACCCUGUGUACUCCGCACUGUCAAAAAGGCAGGUCCAAACAUGGGCAAGCAGUUCUUUGUGUGUAACCGCCCUCAGGGCCAUGCAUCCAAUCCUGAGGCUCGCUGUAAUUUCUUUUCCUGGGUAGAUAAAGGAAAAUAGUGACUAUGCCGUCGAAAUAAACUGACAUUUCCUUCAUGUAGUGUUUUUAUAAGCAUUCUUAAUCUGUAAAUUUGAUAUAUAAGUAAAAUAAAGACAGUAGUUUUAUAAAUGACGUUUUAACUUCUCUAACGUAUUUCACGUAAUCACAUUGAGGCCUUUCUCACCAUAUGACAAGCAUCCAAAGAGACUGUUGUGUAUAUUACUGCUUAUGAAAUUACAAUGGAUGCUAAACUUAGUCACAGAGUGAUCUGUUUCUCUUCAUCUAUAGUGCAGCAUGAAUAUACAGUGUUUGGCAGAAAAUAGUAUUCCUUGUGUGCUGCGGGGUUCUUUAUGAACUAGAUGGUAGCAGGACUCAAGUAUGAUCAUCAUAGGUCUGCAUCAUUAUUUAUAUGGAGUUGGCUAUGCCAAGGUUUCAUAUCCUUCCUAUGCUUACGAAUAUUUUAUUUUUUAUGGUCUUUCAACUUUGCAUGUGAAGAGCUGAGGAGGCUCUUGUGAAACCAUUAGAGUCCCCAUAUUCUUCCUAUUCCCCCUAUUUGAUUUACAACACAGUGCUGAUGGCAGUUGUUUCCAUUUAAAUUGGUCACCUUACUAUAGAAGUUCUAGUUAAGACGGCCCAAAAUAAUUACUAUAUUUUUGUCUGAUGACAACUUUAUUCUCAGAUCAAUAUGUUUAACUUACAGAUGUGAUGAAACAUCUGUAAUAUAUUAGGACGCAGAGCUUCAUUGUCUUUGCAUUUAACAUGUAUCUGUUUGUAGUAAGGAAUUUGAAAACCUGCUGUAGGUAAUAAUCUGCCUCUGAAUGAAUUUUCCCCCAUGUACUCCUCAUAGUGAUGCUCUUCUUGAUUGUGUUGUGGAACAGAACACCGCAAGGCCUUACUCCUACUUAGCCACUCCCAACAUUUACAGUAUCUGCUUCUACUCCCAUGCAGUUUCUCUCUCCUCCCCAACCCAGCCCCCCUCCUCACUUCCUCUCGCAAGGAAUGUGUUUCACUGUACUUGUGCAUGUGACAUUGAAACUCCUCUCAUGCAUUUCCAAACAAGACUCCUUGGCUUACCGGUAUAAAUUGGGACAUCAUGAGCAGCACCUGUAUCUGCAACUGAAGCAUUUGUGCAGUAUAUCGGCUAUCAUUCCCUGGCAGUCUCUCAGAGACUGUCUUCAUUUAAUAGACUAAAAUAUGAAAUCACAAUGUGUUUUUGGGCCACAUAAUCGAAGGUAGGCUUACAACAUUACAUUCUGAAACGGUAGCUGUCCCUGGUGCUGAUAUCCCAUUGGCCACAUGUGGGCACGGGCUUGCCCACACCAAGCCCAACACAGGGUUCCAGACCUUUCUAUCAUGCCAAUGUAGGCAUGUUUGCUGGGAUGUUUCGCACUGUUCAAAGGUUGACAUAAAGCUUCCUAUGACCUAGCUUUUUGUUCAAACUAAUCUGUUUUGUAUUCUAGGGCCUACUGAGUAGACAACCAUGUUUUUAUGGACACACACACAAUGGAUUGUUUUUCCUGUGCAGUGCUAUAUUUGUACCCUAUUGUGUCCAGGCACCCCACUUUAAGCUCUUUGACCACAGUAAAAGUCCAGCAACACUUGCUUUGUUCAAAUAUACCUGUUUUGUAUUCUAGGGCCUCUGUCCAGUCUACUCACUAAUGGUUUUAUGGAGUCGCAACUGUUUUUCCUGUACAGUGCUAGUAGCCUAUGUGCUGUAUACAGAAAUAUUAUUAUUUACAUUUAAAACAUGUUUCAAGGUCAAAUAAUGUAAAUGUCUUAAAUAUGAACAAAUGUCAAGCAUUGUUCAUGUUUCGAGAUAUUUUCUUUCACAUCAUAAAUAGAAGUUGUUAACACUUCUACUAUUAUGUGAGGGACCUUUAUUCAAUCAAAAUUCCGUGAUGGGGAAGUGUUUUCUUAUUGCUGCAGACGACACCAUUCUGAAGACGACGUCAUAUCAAAGACCAUAUUUUUUAAGUGGUCAAAGCAGAGAUGAUGCGUACAUUUCUCUGCCGCCUCUGGCCAAUGUAGGUUAUCAGUUGAUCUACUGUAGCUUAUUGUAUGCAAUUGUUUCUAGAAGAAAGAUCCUAAUCUAUAGUUAUCUGAUUUUUGCAAUUUAUAGACACAGUCAAAGAUUUCUCUGGGAUGAUUGAUGGCCGUUGUUUUUGUUGCUAAUGUAUCCCUGUUUAUGCCUUUAGCAUACUACUAGUGUGUUUUUCUAUGAUCAUGUGACCGUCACUAUAUAUUGUCAGUAAAAGGGAAACAAAUUGCA